UGUGCUCGCGCGCAGAAACACGUCACACAUUUUGAAGAAGAGGCUCGAGCUUUUCUCGAACUUUCCUUGGGUUCAAAUGAUGAGGUCGAGUUGUUGUUUUUUCCCCGACGGGUGUAAAAACUUUUAGUCAUCACACAGGGUUUGUUUUAACGCUUUAAUUAUACGCUUUAACGUAAACACGACGUUUAAAAAGAAAGAGAAAGCUGUUUUUAAAGGUUUUAUGUGGACGCCGGUGUUAUUUUACGGUAAAACCCGCUCGAAUCCGAUCUAAUAAACUCCCCAUGGAUCCGACAGCGGUUUGAUUCGGACACGUAGGAGUUUCUGACACGAUUUUAACACGUGAUUAUUUGUUGUUUGUAAUGAGUAAAGAUUAUUAUAAAGUCCUGGGCAUUCAGAAAGGCGCCUCUGACGAUGAGAUUAAGAAAGCGUACAGAAAACAAGCGCUGCGGUUCCAUCCGGAUAAAAACAAGUCCCCCGGAGCUGAGGAUCAGUUUAAAGAGAUCGCAGAAGCUUAUGAUGUGCUGAGCGACGCCAAGAAGAGAGACAUUUACGACCGGUACGGCGAGGAAGGACUUAAAGGCCAUACUGGAGGUUCUGGAACGAGUGGGUCAAGCUAUGCGUUCCACGGAGAUCCACACGCCAUGUUUGCUGAGUUCUUCGGAAGCCGUAGUCCAUUUGAUCAGUUCUUCUCCCACGGAGCUGAUGACGAUGACAUGGACGUGGAUGACCCCUUUGCGGCGUUUGGCAUGGGGGGCAUGGGAGGCUUUCCCAGGCCCUUUAAGACCCGCAUCGGCGGUGUGCAUGCUGCACGGGAGAAGAAGAAAGACCCUCCUGUUAUUCACGAGCUCAAGGUGAGCUUGGAGGAGGUGUUCUCUGGCUGCACUAAGAAGAUGAAGAUCUCACGUAAGCGGCUGAACCCAGACGGCCGCACGGUCCGCACCGAGGACAAGAUCCUCACCGUGAACAUUAGGCCUGGCUGGAAGGAGGGCACGAAGAUCACGUUCCCUAAAGAGGGAGACGAGACACCCACUAACAUCCCCGCUGACAUUGUGUUUGUUGUAAAAGACAAGACACAUUCGGUAUUCCGCAGAGACGGCUCAGAUAUAAUCUACUCUGUAAAGAUUUCCCUCCGAGACGCGCUCUGUGGCUGCUCGAUCACCGCGCCGACGCUGGACGGCCGGACCAUCACCGUGGCAUGUCGUGACGUCAUCAAACCAGGCAUGAAGAAGAGGGUCGUGGGUGAGGGACUACCCCUGUCCAAAUGUCCCGAUAAGAGAGGAGACAUGGUGCUGGAGUUUGUUGUGAAGUUUCCUGACAAAGUGGCGCAGAACACUCGUGAUGCUCUGUUGGAGAUCCUCCCACCAUGAAUGGCCAUCGUGGGUGUGUGUGCGGGGGGCAGAGUAGGUAGGGUUGGGGUCGGGAGAGAUGGGGUGGUUGGUAGUGGAGACGAUGGGGUGGUUUCUGCUGCACACGACCAGACUGCUUCACAGUAUUAAUUUAUAAACCACUUGAGUGCACUUUUGCUGUCACUGUGAACCCUUUGCACAGGACAGACACUCAAGACACACACACACAGGGUGUGAACCUUAGCUGGAGCUGCCUUUAUAGUUUUUUCAGCUUCUGCAGGAGUCAGUGCUGAUUUAUCAUGGAAGUUAUAAAAAAAAACAGCGGUGUGGGUGUGUUUGUGGGUGUGGAUAUGUUUGUGGUGUGUUUGUGUGGUUGCGUUUUGGUGUGUCUAGUUUUGUUUAGGUGGGUGUGGGUGUGUGUGGUUGUGUUUGUGUGUCUAGUUUUGUUUAGGUGGGUGUGUGGGUGGAGCAGAAGGCGGGUAUCUUGAGUCAUUAUCGUCUCCUCCCACAGAUUCCACACCCUUUGAUGAAUAUCCUCACCGUGACCCUGUACUGAUUCAUGCAUCUCAGAUCCUGAAACAUUUGAAACACCAUUUGACCUCCUGAAAACAGAUUUUUGUAUCAUCUAUAUGCAAAUUAAUCAAUGACUUAUUAGUAACAUUAUUCUUCAUUUCUAUUUAUUUCGUGAAAAUAAAUGCAUCAAAAGAUGCGGCUUUGCCAGGUGGUGGCAGUUUAAACA